AUGACGCAACCGCCGGUUCAACCUCCUCCCCCUCUCCCCGCUCCGCCGCACCCCACCGGCGGAGGUGUUUCGAGAGGCGAUGUCCAGGUCCGAUGCGCGGGAUGCCGCGUGAUUCUGAGGGUGAAAACCGGCGUGGUGGAGUUCUCGUGUCCCACUUGUCAACUCCCCCAAAUGUUGCCGCCGGAGCUUCUUUCUAGGGCACGGACUCAACAAUCGCAACCUCCGCCGCAGCCGAUUCAGUCGCUUCCUCCUCCCCAGACGCUUCCGCCGCAGCUGAAACCUAUGAAUUUGCAGCCGCAGCAGCAGCAGCCGAGGCCUCCGGUUCCGGCGCACGGGAUCGAUCCGACGAAGAUGCAAUUGCCUUGCGCUAACUGCCAGGCGAUUCUCAAUGUUCCGCAUGGGCUCACGAGGUUCUCGUGUCCUCAGUGCCACGUGGAGCUUGCGGUUGAUGUCUCUAAGCUUAAUCGAUCUCUAACUGCUCCUCAAUCUGCUGGACCUCUUCCUCCUCCGCCUCCUCCCGAAGAAGUCAACGAGGAAGCUAUUGAAGUGGAGAGAGAGGAAGAUGAAGGUGGAACUGCUGGAGAGACGUUUAUGGAUUAUCGUCCGCCUAAACUUUCAAUUGGACCUCCACAUCCUGAUCCGAUUGUGGAAACAUCAUCUCUGUCUGCAGUGCAGCCUCCAGAGCCCACUUAUGAUCUCAGAAUCAAGGAAGAGCUCGAAGAUUCAAAGGCUUUGUCGUGCUUGCAGAUUGAGACAUUGGUUUACGCUUGUCAGAGGCAUCUUCAGCACCUUGCUGAUGGUACCAGAGCGGGGUUUUUUGUUGGAGAUGGUGCUGGUGUGGGGAAAGGGCGGACAAUUGCUGGGUUGAUUUGGGAGAAUUGGAAACAUGGAAGGAGAAAAGCUUUGUGGAUUUCUGUUGGCUCAGACUUGAAGUACGAUGCAAGAAGGGACUUGGAUGAUGUGGGUGCCACAUGCGUCGGAGUGAAUCCUUUGAACAAGCUGCCCUAUUCUAAGCUUGAUUCAAAGAAUGUUGGUGUUAAAGAAGGAGUGGUAUUCUUGACAUACAAUAGUCUCAUUGCUUCCUCUGAGAAGGGGCGUUCUCGUUUGCAGCAACUUGUUCAGUGGUGUGGACCAGAUUUUGAUGGGCUCUUGAUCUUUGAUGAGUGCCACAAAGCUAAAAAUUUGGUACCUGAAGCUGGGAGUCAGCCUACACGCAUCGGACAGGCAGUUGUUGACAUUCAGGAUAAGAUCCCCCAAGCACGUGUUCUUUAUUGCUCUGCUACCGGUGCAUCUGAGCCACGAAACAUGGGCUAUAUGGUCAGGCUUGGUCUUUGGGGAGCUGGCACAAGUUUCAGUGAUUUUAACAAAUUUCUAGGUGCACUUGAUAAAGGUGGAGUCGGAGCUUUGGAAUUGGUUGCCAUGGACAUGAAAGCGAGGGGGAUGUAUGUAUGCCGUACCCUGAGCUACAAAGGGGCUGAGUUUGAGAUUGUUGAAGCUCCUUUAGAAGCAGGAAUGGAGGCAAUGUACAAUAAGUCUGCAGAAUUUUGGGCAGAGCUACGGAUAGAGAUGUUGUCAGCAAGUGCUUUUCUCCCUAGCGAGAAACCGAAUUCUAGUCAGUUGUGGAGACUAUACUGGUCGAGCCAUCAGCGUUUCUUUAGACACUUGUGUAUGUCAGCUAAAGUUCCUGUAACUGUAAGGUUAGCUAAGAAAGCCUUAUCAGCAAAUAAGUGUGUCGUUAUUGGCCUUCAGAGUACCGGAGAGGCUCGAACUGAAGAGGCUGUAACUAAAUAUGGUGUUGAGCUUGAUGAUUUUGUCUCGGGACCUCGAGAGCUCCUGCUGAAAUUCGUGGAAGAGAAUUAUCCCCUGCCCGAGCAGCCUGAACCUCUCUCAGAGGAUGAUAGUGUUAAAGAACUUCAUAGGAAGAGGCAUUCAGCUUCACCUGGUGUUUCAGUUAGGGGAAGAGUAAGAAAGAUGGCAAAAUGGAAACCAGAUAGUGAUGAUGAAAGUUAUUUGGAGUCUGAAGCUGAAUCUGCUGAUGAUUCUAAUGAUUCUGAUGAUGAGUUCCAGAUAUGUCAGAUAUGCAGUGGGGAAGAUGAAAGGAAAAAGUUGCUCCAUUGUUCUGAAUGUGACAAGCUUUUUCAUCCAGAUUGUGUAGUUCCUCCAGUUACAGACUUACCAUCUGAAGCAUGGGUAUGCUAUUCUUGCAAGCAAAAGACAGAGGAGUUCAUUCAAGCAAGGCGUGUCUACAUUGCGGAAUUGCAGAAAAGGUAUGAAGCAGCCUUGGAACGAAAAUUGAAAAUUUUAGAGAUUAUCCGGUCUCUAAGUCUUCCUAACAAUCCCUUAGAUGAUAUCGUCGAUCAGCUUGGAGGCCCUGACAAAGUCGCAGAAAUAACAGGCAGGCGAGGAAUGCUUGUAAGAGCGUCUAAUGGGAAAGGUGUUACAUAUCAAGCAAGAAACACAAAGGAUAUAACAAUGGAAAUGGUCAACAUGCACGAGAAACAACUAUUUAUGGAUGGUAAAAAGUUUGUUGCCAUUAUUUCUGAAGCUGGUUCAGCUGGUGUUUCGUUGCAAGCAGAUAGAAGGGCAGCAAAUCAGAGAAGAAGGGUUCAUUUGACGUUGGAGCUUCCUUGGAGUGCUGAUCGUGCGAUUCAGCAAUUUGGAAGAACUCACCGGUCAAAUCAGACAUCUGCACCUGAAUACAGGCUACUUUUCACAAAUCUUGGUGGGGAACGCCGCUUUGCCUCUAUUGUUGCUAAGAGACUAGAAACUCUUGGUGCUUUGACACAGGGAGAUCGCAGGAAAGUGAUGCACCUCUCUAAACCAUUUCCUAGUUGUUUGUCCUGUGGCUUGUUAUUACUUAAAACCUUGCCAAAGUCUAUUAUCUCAAAAUAUAGUGUGUUAUUGCAGGGCCGGGCCUUCUUUGAGUGCCUACAAUUAUGA